AUGGAGCUUAUCCAGCAGAUUACUGGUUUCCAACCUGGUACUUUACCAGUUAGAUAUCUUGGAGUUCCUCUAACUUCAAGAAAACUCUCAAUGAAAGACUAUGACCCGCUUAUUGAUAGUAUCAAAUCUAAACUCUCUAUAUGGUCUUGCAAGUAUCUUAGCUACGCUGAAAGAUUGGAGCUUAUCAGAGCAGUGCUGUUCAGCAUUGCUAAUUAUUGGUGUAGGCAAUUUCUGCUUCCUCAUUCGGUAAUCAGCAAGAUUGAACAACUAUGCUGUCGUUUCUUCUGGAAAGGCAAUGAUAAAUCAGCCACUAGUGCGAGGGCUUAUGUUCUUAAGGGUAAAGAGUUAUGGCAAAUGGAAGCUGGUCCUAGUCUGAGUUGGAGUUUUAGAAAAAUCCUUAAGCUUCGAAUAGAAGCUCAUCCUAUUCUCCAUAAUGGAGCUCUCUCAGUAAGGCAAAUAUGGAAAGAAAUUAGAAUGAAGGAGGAUAAAGUCCCUUGGCACUCUUUAAUUUGGUUCCCUCAAAACAUCCCCAAGCUUAGUUUGAUUGCAUGGAUGGCUAUGAUUGAUAGGCUGCCUACAUGUGAUCGUAUUCAACGGAUGGGAAUUGUUUCUAUUGGAAGCUGUGUUUUAUGUAAUGAUACUUUAGAAAAUCGAAACCAUCUGUUCUUUGAAUGUCCGAUUGCCACUCAGCUACGGGUACAAACUCUUCUUCUGAAUGGGAUUAACAAGACUAUUUCUUCUUGGGAAGACAUGAUCUCUUGGGCGAGCUGCACUUGGAAAGGAAAAUCUUUAUUAAUCACUAUCCUCAAACUUGCUUGGAGCGCAACCAUCUACGUUUUGUGGGAGGAGCGCAACCGAAGGAUUUUCAAAGGUUGCUCUCGAAACACUGCUGAAUUACUUAGCAGUAUUAAAGACUAUGUAGGAAUUAAACUUAGGGGGGGAAAUAUUAAUAGGCUUGACUAUGUUAACUCGAUCCAAUCUUUGCAUUGCUUGGGGUAUUGA